UAAAAUUCUUUAUUUUUGCGUGGCGAGGAACAAAAUCUAUUGUCACAGCCAUUGCUUCAAAGCCACCACUUGCUGGUGACGCACCCGCUCGUGACAGUAGCACUGCCUCGUUCAUUUCUUCAAACCGAAAUUGUUCCUUAAUUUGUCGAUUCGCUUCUCAGUUUUCGCGUGCGAUUCUCAAGGAACCGAAGGACAAAGCGCUGGAUCGAGAAUCUUGAUUCGGUUUGAUUUUUACGUUUUUGACUUCUGAUUCACGCGCUUUUCGACAAGCUGAUACGCUCUUGGAUUUUUGCGGGAUUCGAUCGUAUCGUAUUUCAUUGCAAUCAUGACUCAGGCGGUGGAGGUCCUGAACCGGUAUGGGACGGAUCUGGUUGGGGAGCCGAGAGAUUCUGAUUCUGAGUGUUUGGCGGGUUUUGAGUGUUUUCUGAACAUUGUGAGGGCAUUGGGAAUGGGAUCGUGUAUCUCAGAGGUUGGAGCUGGUGGUAAUUCACCUCCUCUUCUUCCUUAUUCGCCUGAAUCCAACAUGGAUGGUGGAAAGAGAAGAAGGUUGAGGGGUUCCUCUUCGUUUGAUUUCAAAGUGCCUGGGAGGAUGUUCUUGAAUGGUUCAAGCGAGGUUGCAUCCAUGUAUUGCAAGCAAGGAAGAAAAGGGAUCAACCAAGAUGCUAUGCUUGUUUGGGAGAACUUUUGUUCAAAGGAAGACACCAUUUUUUGUGGUGUUUUUGAUGGUCAUGGACCUUAUGGCCACAGAGUUGCAAAGAAAGUUAGGGAUUCUUUUCCUUUAAAGCUUAAUGCCCAAUGGGAUUUGCAUCAUAAAAAUAGAGACAGACUCAGUGAUCAUAGCAGUGCCACAGGAAGUUAUAAAUCUGAAGGGAAUGGAUUUAGACUGGUGGAUGAGAAAACUAGUCCCAUUGAUCAUGAACAUGAAGAAACAGAUACUAUUUUGACAUUACGAGAAUCUUUUUUGAAGGCUUGUAAGAUUAUGGACAAAGAACUGAAACUUCAUCCUGAUAUUGACUGCUUUUGUAGUGGGACUACAGCAGUUACCUUGGUCAAGCAAGGGCUGGACCUUGUUAUUGGAAAUCUUGGGGACUCGAGAGCUGUACUGGGUACCCGAGAUCAUGAUGAUUCUCUUAUUGCUGUUCAGUUGACUGUUGACCUUAAGCCAAAUCUUCCAAGGGAAGAAGAGAGGAUCAGGCUUCGUAGAGGAAGGGUUUUUUCCCUUCAGAAUGAACCUGAGGUGGCUCGAGUUUGGCUGCCUAACUCUGAUUUCCCUGGUCUUGCUAUGGCUCGGGCAUUUGGAGAUUUUUGCCUUAAGGACUUUGGAUUGAUUGCUGUUCCAGAUAUCUCAUAUCACCGUCUUACCGAGAAGGAUGAAUUUGUCGUGUUAGCAACAGAUGGGAUUUGGGAUGUUUUAUCAAAUGAAGAAGUUGUGGACAUUGUAGCACCUGCUCCACGGUCUAGUGCUGCUAGAGCACUGGUUGAGUCAGCUGUUCAGGCAUGGAAGACAAAAUUUCCUUUUUGUAAGGUUGAUGAUUGUGCUGCCGUAUGCCUCUUCUUUGAUUCUGAUUCAGAUUUCAAGUCAACAGAUACCAAAGACAAGUUGAUACCGGAGGCAUCUAUUGACCAAUCUGAGAAGUUAUCUUUACUUGGUGAAAAGGGAGUUGGAAUGGAAGCUGAAAAACAGCAGCAAUAGCUCAAGUUUUGUACCAUGUCUCUCCCAAGCCUUGCUGGUUUUAUCGAGAAGGUUGGGUAAAUUGUGCUGCAACAACAGUCAACAGAGAAAGGAUCAUUAUUUUGAUGAUUUUUCGGUAGUUUUCUGCCAAUAUUCUUUUCAUUAUUUAUCUUCCAUUUCCUUCGACAGCAUUUGAGGGGGGGGGGGGGCGCGUAAUAUAUAUUUCUUAUCUGGAGGAAAAGGGGUACCGGGCUUUUUUUUUUUGUUGCUGGAGGUCAUUUUCCUUCUCUGUAUAUUUGGUAGAUUUGGAGUUUUUGUAGAUCCAAGUCUCUAGAUUCAUAUUAUAUAGUCUGUUCUGAAAUCUGCCGUUUUUCAUUUGCAUCAUUCUUAGGUUAUAGUUUCCAAUUUAGUCAGUAGUGAAAACUGAAAAGAAUUGGAUUUAUUUCUUAUGGACCUGAGUCAGGUUUUUGUACCUCCAUGUUGUGUUGCUGUCAGAGAUUAAUGAUAUUGUUGUCUGUGUGAUCCUAUUGUGGGUUUUGUGUGGAAA